CGCCAUCACCACGAACUCCGGAAGCUGCGGCGGAGGAACAUUGAUAACAGAUUCCAGCCCAAAUUUACCCACACGGAAUACCAACAGACAGUGAAGGAGAACCUACCUUUGCACACAUCUAUAUUACAGGUCCAGGCUACGGACGACGAUAUGGACAGACACGGACUAAUUCAGUACAGAGUGAGCGACCCAGUCAACUUUGAGAUAGACGAGGGCGGUGUCUUAUAUAACAUCAGGCCACUGGACUUUGAACACACCAAUGGGGAAUAUCUUCUUCAGAUCUACGCCGAGGACCAAGGGAUGCUCAGGUCAACAAGGAAGCAGGCGGUGGUUGCAGCGGUAAUUAGGGUCGAGGAUACACCUGAGCCGCCUUACUUUGACGCUGAUCACUAUGACUUCUCUGUGUCUGAGUUUGCUGGUGUAGGGUCAUACGUCGGGACGGUGGUGGCCAGGGACGCUGAUCUUAACUUCGACAGAUAUGAACUGCGCCAAGUCAACCCCCCAGGCAUGUUCGCCAUCGACAAUACAACAGGCAUCAUUACGGUAAAUAGUGCCAAUUUUCAAAACAUUUGGGAAUUCAAGUUCUCCGCCGCCGCCAUCGAUAAAACUGACCUCAGUUCUACAGUCCCUUUGAAAGUCAGCAUAAUAGCUAGCAGACCCAUGUAUGCCCGCCUCACAUGGCUUAAGGAUGAGAACACCCACAAGCCAGUGUUUAGCAACUGUGAAGACUAUAACGGCAUCCAAGUGAGGGAGAACCAGACAGCUGGAGAGAAAGUCGUAAUAGCGACGGCGACUGACGCGGAUCACGGGGUCAACGGGGAGGUCACCUACUCCCUGCUGAACGACUUCGACAGUUUUGCCAUCAUCACCGACAAUGGCAAUGGGAAGGUUACCACCACCAGGAAGCUGGAUCGCGACCGUGAGGACAAGGAGUUCUUCCUGACUGUGAUCGCGAGGGACGGUGCACCCAAGGAAGCUCUCCAGGAGGCGUGUUCCUUCAAGGUAGUGGUGGAGGAUGUGAACGACAACCCGCCUAUCUUCGACCAGCCGCGGUACGAACAGAAUGUCGCCACGGACCAUAACAUCAACACCCCAGUACUGAGGGUGACGGCUACGGACAUGGACGCUUUAGAGAAUGCCGAGGUUACAUACACGCUGGGCGGGACUACUGAAGAUCUGGAUUAUUUCAACGUCAGUCAAUCCACAGGUUUUAUCACCCUGAAGAAGGCGCUCGACGAAAACAUGGCUGGUAAGAAGACCUUCCAGCUAGAGGCAAGAGCGACUGAUAAAGGCGCACCACCGAUGACGGGUCUGGUGGAGGUGAUGAUCCACGCUGUGUCCUCAGGUAACCUGCCGCCGACCGUCGUGAAGCAGGAACCGAGCGAUCCCUCAGUACCCGAAGAUACCAGUGAGGGCACUGAUAUUGUGGUCGUUUGUGCCAAAUCUAACAUCCCCAACAACGAGAACGUCUACUUUACUUUACUCAACGGCAACACGAAGGACACUAACGAAGACGGGACCUUCGCUAUCAGGUUCUUGACAGAAAGUGAGCGGAUGUGUCCAGGUGGCAGCAAGGGCGUGGCCAUUUACCUCGCGAUGAGAAGCCUUGACUAUGAGUCCAUCACGGCGUACAAACUCAUUCUGCAGAUUGUGAACGACCAGAACGCUCGGCAGGACGUUCAGAUAGUGGUGGAUAUUGUGGACGUGAACGACAACGCCCCUUUGCUGCAGCCGUUUGAUGGCGCCAUCGUGGAGAACUCACCUAAAUCCCUCAUCACCACUAUAAAGGCCAUAGACAAGGAUAUCACCCCUGCCUACAGAGAGUUGGAGUACGCUUUCGAUCCAACAGCGACUGACGACGUAAAAAGGAAGUUUGAGCUUAACUCAAACGGUCAACUGUGGACGACCCAGGAACUUGAUCGGGAGGAGGUCAACCGAUAUCGUAUCCCGAUACAAGUCACCGAUGGCAAACAAGGCCACAAGCGGAUGACUAUCUACUGGAUUAUGGUGCUAGAUAUCAACGACGUUCCUCCUCGAUUCGACAAGGCGAAAGGCGUCUACUCGGUUCAGGUGCCGGAGAGCAAAGUACCUGGCAAGAAUACAGGCAUCAACCUCGUCGUGAUUGACCCCGACAUUGUGAACCACAACGAGUUCCAGAUCGUUAAUGGCAACUACGAACAGAAGUUCCGAAUCGAUUCGACUACUGGCGAAGUUUCUAUCAACAAGGAACUCGACUACGAUGACCCAGCCCAUGACAGAAACUUCACGUUGCUGGUCCGGUUGAGUGACGGGGCCAACAAAAUGGCGGAGACUUACAUUACUAUCAACGUUACCAACAUCAACGACAUACCUCCGGUGUUCAUCCCCAACAAGUAUAAUUACACCGUCACUGAGAAUAUAGACUGUGAUAAAACCUUCGGAAAGGUGUCAGCGAUAGACCCGGACCUUCCUCCUGACGUCUACCAAAAUAUUUCUUACUACCUGCCCAUAGAGGAGCUCAAGAACUUUACCAUCAACAACAGUACAGGAGAGAUCGCUAUCAGGGGCUGUCUUGACCGCGAGGCUGCAGCUACACGGGGCAUCAUGACACUCUAUCCUCACGCCGCAGACGAGCAAGGGACUGGACACGAAGCACACCCAGCGGCUGUCACCCUUACUAUCAAUGACGUCAAUGACAACCAUCCAUAUAUCCAAAGUCCGGACCACAGCUACGCAAAGUUCAUGGAGAACACACCGCCAAAUGCAACCAAGAAUCUCACCAUCAUGCUGAGCGACUGGGAUACCUUGGAGCAUGGGUGUCCCUGUACGCUAGCCUUCGACAGCAACACGCCCAGUGACAUCACCGACAAGUUCAAAGUAGCGCCCGUAGAGGGCAUCGCCUCACAGUACAGGCUGUGGCCUCUAAAAAUGUUGGAUCGUGAGGCUCAGAAGUUCUACGAGAUCCCCUUCAGGACAUCUGAUAGGGAGGGAGUCAGUGGGGUCCGCUAUCUCACUGUGGAGGUCGGUGACGAGAACGACUCUCCAAUGAGUGACGGCUCUAGCACCAUCAAGGUGUACAACUAUCAGGGACAAUUCCCGCCCAUGGUGAUCGGGACAGUGUACGUGACGGAUCUGGACGACUACGACGUUGGGGAUAAGACCUUCGAGAUCGACGCCAUCACUCGAUCUGGAGUCGACACCCACUUCGACGUCGACUACAACAACGGGAACAUCACCAUGAAGAAAGGCACCCCUGAGGGAACAUACGAACUCAAGGUCAAGGUAACGGACAAGUUCAGAAACGAGACGGCCAUUGGAGAGGUAAAGAUCACAGUGGUGGACCUAACGGAGGAGGCCGUUAUGCACUCAGGCUCCUUCAGGGUCGCUGGAUAUACCACCCACCAGGUCUUCGAGCAGCAAGGGUCGGCAACGUCAGGCACAAGUCUGUACGAGCGGCUGAAGAAUGAAAUCGGGAGGAUCCACGACAUCAGCCCGGACAACGUGGACAUCUUCACCCUGAGGGAUGUGGAGGGUGGCGACGUCGAUAUCCGCUACAAUUGUCACAGUUCUCCCUACUACACUGCCUCCAGGCUCAAUGGGAUCAUGUUGGCCCGCAGGACGGAGUUGAACGCCAACCUGAACAUCACCCUGAAGAUGGUGAACAUCAACGACUGCCUGUAUGAGUCUUUGUCUCCUUGUGAGACCACCAGCUGCCAGCAGUCCUUGAGGCCCAACAUCACUUCCCCUCUCGUGAUCGGCAGUGACACCACCACCAUGGUCGGGGUUGAUAUUACUGAAGAAUACACUUGUGAUUGUGGAGCCUUGGAGCCUCCUCCGUCAGUCUGCUACAGCGGCUUCUGCUACAAUGGCGGCGACUGCAUUGAGGUUAACAACACCCUCACGUGCAAGUGUCCUGAUGACAACUACGGCCCGCGGUGUGAGCUCAAGAGUGCGAGGUUCGAGAGAGGGUACGCUUGGUAUGAGCCUCUGAAGGUGUGUGAGAAUGCAACCCUCUUUAUGUCCUUUGAUACGAAGGAAUCAACAGGGCUUCUUUUGUAUUCCGGACCAACUGUUCUUAAACCUUGGAGCAAUUAUCCGAGGGAUUUCCUCUACGUGUUUCUCGAGAACUGGAUUUUACAUGCAUAUAUAGACUUGGGAACAGGAACUAUUAAAAUGGAUAUUCCUAUCGAACAGAAAGCCGACCGCUCCUUCGACUACACUAUAUCCUGGAAUGACCGAGAUAUCAAGUUCGAAGUGGUCAACUGUCUCGGUAACACGACGACCGACAGUUCAACAACAUGCAAGAAAUCUGUUCCCCUGGCAGGUUUGAAUGUCCCCAGUCACCUCCUGAAUGUCGGAGCUCCCUUACAGGUGGGUGGAGUGACGGCCAUGAAGCCUUUCUCAGAGCUGGCUGGUUCUUAUGGCUGGACCCUCACACCCCCCAUCGUUGAUCCCUUCUAUGGGUGCGUGUUGGAGCUCCGUCACAAUGACUACCUCUACGACCUCAACUCUACAGACUACGACAAGAACACCUACAAGCCAUGUGAUGCCCCCAGCCCGGCCCGUGUCAUUGUCGGGAAAGAAUCGAUUGUCAUCAUUGUCGUCAGCUUACUAAGCCUCAUAAUGUUGGUGCUGCUGAUCCUGUGUUUGGCCCGACGGAACAAGAAAUCCAUCUCAUACCCUGAGUUGGAUGGCAUUGUGAAGGAGACUAUAGGAGGAACUGACCUCGAGGGCUUUGGCGAGAAGGACAUGACCCAAUAUGACCUUAAACUACUUAGGGUCGGCCCUGAUGGUUACCUCUUCAAUGAACCACAGGGUGACUUUAACACGUACACUAACCCAGUAAUGACAGAGAGACUACUAGGAGAAGCUGACCCAAGUACUCUGCGUCAGGAGGAGAGGCGCUUACCAGACGUGGCUGACGACACCCUGCAGAAGCGAGCGGCGCCCCUUGCGCAGAUGCCCGAGGGACUCAGCAUCGGGGACUUUAUCAGCGACAACAUCAAGAAGGUGGAUAAGGAUCCGAGUGACUUCGAUGACGUGCGCCAUUACUGUUUUGAAGGAGACGAAAUGUCCAUUGCAUCUCUGUCCUCCAUCGGAUCGGGAGGCUCCUCUGACAGUGAUACGCCAUUCGACUACAAGAACGAUUGGGGUCACCGCUUUGAAAAGCUCAACCAGAUUUACGGACGAGAGUCUGACGAAGAUGAGGAUAGCGACUUCGAGUUUCCCAACAUUCCUAAACAGAGGAAAGGCGACUCUCUUCGGCAGCUCAGCAAGACAAAGUCCCCCGCCAGCAGCCCCUCCCAGUCUCCCGCUGGUGUGGCCGCCCAGCGCUCCAUGGAUGUGCCGCCAGCAACCCCUGCCAAGCCUAAAGCUAAGACCAGCAAGGAGAGUCAGCAGCCGGAGUACCGUGAGUCAGUUAACCCCAUGGCCACCUACGAUACCGUAGAAGGGGAGGAGUCUUGGUGCUAGUGACUAAUGGUAGCGACAAGUAACAGGAGGUCAAGGCAGGUAUAAGGAAAACAAGAAACUUGUGCUGCUCAGGAGACGGACUGAUGUACAAGCUGACAAAGUAAUGACCAAAUAGCUAAGUCAAAAUAAGUAAUGUAUGUGAAUGAUCAUUUGUGGUGCACUUUUGUAUCAAAGUCUCGACUGAUGGUUGUCACUGCCACAGUCAUAUCUCGUUGAGCGUUGACAAGCUACUGAAAUAUGUGAAAAACUAAGGUAACUUCCCUUAGGCCAGUUUGAUGACUAUGUUCAUGACAAUAAUUUACACAGAUCAGUGAAUAUAUAUAUAUAUAUAUAUAUAU